AUGGUGGCGAUCGACGUGGUCGAUGUGCGGACCGACAUGCGUCUGCAGCGGUUCGACCGCACAGACGAGAGAUGGGGAGACUGGAGUCUCCGCUUCGAGGCAUACACGGCGCUGCUCGGGUUCGAGGACCUCAUGACGGAGGUGGCGCUGAGGCGCGACCCUGUGCUGGCUGACGCUUUGGGCGACCGAGCGAAGGCAGUCAGCCAGCGGCUGUGGCACCUACCGAUCACGUGGUGCGCGGUGAAGCUCUCACGCAAUAACGGCCUCGAAGCGUGGCGCCAGCUCAAGAUUGAGUGCGAGAGUAGGACAGGCGACAGAUGGACGGCAAUGCUACGGUUCACCCUCAGCCCACAGGACAAGUUGGCAAGGGAUCGCGAGUCGGGGAUCAACUUCUUCCAGUCGCUCACGGGCGUCUCUGACAGCGUCCGCGUGAGCGUGCUGCUGGAGCACGCGCCCGAGCCCUAUCGAGAGGCGUUGAGACAGGCCCCUGAGGACGUGAAGCUCACAUUCGGCGCGGCUCGCAGUCACAUCAGGGGCUACUACAAUCAAGGGCGGACGUUCACGCGCGUGCCCGACACGGGCGGAGUUGUACCGAUGCAGGUGGAUGCAGCGCGAGGAGGCCCUCCCAUGGGCAAGGCUGGCGGCACGACCAGCAAGGCAGGCAAGAUGGACAGGUCUGGUGGCAAAGCGGGCAAGGCCCAGGAGGGCAAGGACUCCAAGAUGAAGUCUAAGAACCGAGACGGCGGCAAACGCGCGCGCGCGGCAAAGGCCAGCAGCCCGAGUAUUUUUGACGGCGAGUGCGGCUACCGCGGCAAGUGGAGCCACAAGCGACAGGACUGCAGGAAUAAGAAGGCAGACGACGCGAAGAAGCAGCAGGUGGCGAAGAUAGGCGGCUCCAUCCUGAUCAACAGCGGCAGUGGCGACCACAUGUGCAGGCGCAAGUUCGUCCCAGAGGCGCCUGUCAAGGGCGCGGAGAAGGCGCCCAGGCGCUCUGACGUUCAGAAGAGGCCGCUGCCUGCGGCAGGCAAGCUGCUCAGGCAGGGCUUCAGAUUCAAUCUCCGCUUGGAGGAGGGGCUCUACAUGGCGGAGGGCCACCGCGGCGUGCAGCUGGAGCUGGCGCGGAUAAGCCUCAGGCUCCCGAUCGCGUCCGCGGGGCCUGCCGAGGUUCGCCGCUGCCGUGGCGCAGCAGAGCAGCAGGCUGCGGCGACGGCCCCAGUUCUCAAUGCGGACAGCUCGGUCGGCACGCUCAGGACUCGACUGCGAGAGCUGUUCGUGCCCAUCAAUGGGGCCAUGGCAGAGCUGUGGGGCAAGGCUCCAGAUGCCCCGCGCUCGCUGGUCAUGCUCGGGGGCGCUGAGCAGAAGGCCCCUCUCAUCAGCAAUGACUUCGGCUUCUGCGAGACGGCGGGCGGGGCGGCCUCUCCACGCGCGAUUGCAAGCAUCAAGUCCUUCGUGCAGCGGCUCGAGACUGGCGGGUGCAGGGUCAGGGCCGACGCAGAGCAGGCGACCGAGGCCAUCCUGGGCGGAGUGGUCAACGAGCUGGCGGGCAAGGUCGCGCCAGAGCUGACCCCUAAACGCAGCAGCCAGUCGAACUCAGCGGAGGCAGCGGUGAAGAUAGUCGAGGGCCAGACGCGAGUCCUCAAGCUGGACCUCGAGAAGCGCUACGGCACCAGGAUCGCAGUGGCGAUGCCGAUCUGGGCCUGGGCGACGCGGCACGCUGGGUGGCUGCGCGAGAGGUAUCAGAGUGCAAGCGUGCCCGGGUUGCGGCAGUCCGCGCGCUCGACGUCGGCAACGUGGGCGACUCGCCCGACGUGUUGGGGGGAGGUCUCGGAUGAGGUCGAGGACCCGACCGAGGGCGCGUUCGAUGUGGACAUGCAGGGCGAGCCCGACAAGAAGCUCACGCAAGAGCACCUGCAGAGCCUCCUGGACCACGGCGCCGGGGAGGACAUUCUCAAGUCGGAGGCGAAUGGGAUGAAGCACAUCGCCGCGCGCUGGGAGAAGCAGUGGAGAUGGAGGCCGGCGCAGCGGGAGUGGCAGCGCAAGGUCCGGUCGGCUCCGAUCUACAACAGGCUCGUCGACUUCGUGGCCCUCGAGCGCGGCUUCGAGGUCAUGGCGCUGGACGCGACGGGCGCCUGCUACCGAGCGCCCCAGUGCGAGGGCGCGGUGGUGGCCUCCCCGCAGGAGUCUUUGGACGUGCUCGGGGCGGAGGGCAAGGGCGCGGACAUCUACUGGAAGCUGAAGAAGCAGCUGCCUGGCAGGCGCACGGCGGCGCCGGGCUGGGCUGAGCAUAGGGCGGGCAUCCUCGCGGGCGAGAUGCACGUGGCGAGGUGUGAGGUGGCACCGCAGUUCUUCUACAACCCCAAUAGCGAGAUGCGCAUGGGCGACCUGCGCAUGGCUGGGCAGCGGGGCGCGCUGGGGCGCUUCCGCGAGGAGCUCGAGCUAUGCGUGGCCCUCAGUGGCGGCGAGAUUCACGAGCGCGGCGCCACCUACGAGCACCUGAAGAGGCUGGGGGCGAGGUUCGAGCGCGGGGCCGUGCUGCGGGCGAACCCCAAGUGCCCGGACUGCGCGCUUGACACCCUCGGUUUGGGCAGCUCGAACACCGCAUAUUCGCCGAGAGUGCCCGUUCAAAAGGCGCUCGUGGGGAGCGCGCCAGCCCUGCCUCAGCAGCAGGCUGGAGUCUACCGCUCAUGCGCGGGGGCGCUGCUGGUCUGCGCCCAGGACAGGGCGGAUUGCCAUUGCGAGGUCAGCCUCCUUGGCAGGAUGCUGUCAGGUCCCGCCGUCGGUGCCUUCGCCGUUCUGAAGAGGCUUGUCAGGUACCUCCUAGGGGCCAGGGGGGCGGUGAACUGGCUUCCGAAGCCGUCGGUGGGCACCCAUGUGGAGCUGGUGGUUUGCGGCGAUAGCGACUGGGCAGGCGUUGCGGAGUACUACGCGGCGACGGCGGUCGCCGAGGACAUUCUCAAUUUCAAGUCACUGCUGGAGUUCAUGGGCUUCGCGGUGGCGACUGCGCCACACGCGGAUGCGUCGGCGGCCCGAGGGGUGGCCAGGCGCGAAGGAGUUGGCAAGGUCAGGAGUCUGGGGGCGCGAGUGCUGUGGCCCAAGCAGGCGAUCAAGCGCAGGCUGAUCGACGCCAGGGCCGUCGGCGCGGACGACAACAACGCAGACUUGGGCACGAAUAUUCUCGGACACGAUCGUUUCGUGAAGCUCAGGGCUCUGAGCGGCAUCAACGCGGACAUGGGCCAGGUCGUGGCGAGCGACGAGCAGUCGGAUGAGGUGGACUUCGACGUGGGGGCGGUUGCUCGGCCCUCUCAGCUGCAACCGCUCGGCGGCCCUGCAAUGAUCACGGCAGCGGCGGCGCUCUUGCAGGGCUGCGAGGGCCCCCCUGCCGAACACAACGGCUACUACUACGACGCGGAGGUCUGCGCCUCUGUGGACGGCCUAGUCGCGAGCGACCAUUCGAGCUACUUGCUGAUGCUCGUCCUGUGGGCGCCGGUCGCGGCUGCCGUCGGCGGCUACGCGGGCUUCCGCUACGCCGAGAGCAGGGGCGCAGAAUGGCUUCUGGCCCCGCCAGAGCCCAAUGACGAGAAGGAUGCGACACCCACGGACAUGACCAUGAUUCUCAACGUACCAGCCUCAUCGGUCAUGCAGCGACCUGACCAGGUACGACGCCCCAUAGGCACGCACUCACAGACGUCAUACAAGUGGAAGUGGGGGACUCCGCGUUUUCAGUCAGUACCAGACUACGCGCACGGAGCCGUCCCUGACGUUCGCAUGGGCAAUGUCAAAGGCCCCAUGUUUUGA